AUGGGUUUUGAUAAGGAGCACAUAGUGAUGCUACCAUUCUUGGCUCAAGGCCAUCUGAUCCCAUUUCUAGCCCUAGCCAAUAAAACCUAGCACAGAACUGGCUUCACCAUCACCAUCGCCACCAUGCCACUCAACGCUCAAUACCUUCGUUCUGCACAACUCAACAAGUACAACAACAUCCACUUGGCGGAGCUUCCCUUUCACAUCAAAGAGUAUGGCCUCCCGCCCAACACAAAAAAUUACGGCACGGCGGUGUACAUGUCACUAUGGCAACAUCUCCCUCAGCGUAGUUCUUCAGACGACAAAGAGUUUCGCAUUCCGGGGUUCCCCAAACGGUGUCGCUUGACGCCGUCUCACUUGAACCCGUUUCUCAGAGCCACCGACGGUACUGACUUUUGGUCGAGAUUUUUCUAGACGAAGAUCUCGCUCGCGAUGAAGUAUUUUGAUUGGAUAUGCAACACGGUUGAAGAAUUCGAGCCAUUUGGAUUGGAAGUGUUGCGAGAUUACCAUAAGGUUCCUGUUUGGUCUAUAUUGGCUUCGAACAUUUCCAGCAAAAAACAUUCCGGUAAGAAAUCUGGAGUUUCAACCGAGAAAUGUAUCGAGUGGCUGGACUUGCAUGCUUCUGAAUAUGUGGUGUAUAUCUCGUUUGGUUCUCAUAACACGAUCAGUGCCUCCCAGAUUACGGAAUUGGCCAAAGGGUUGGAAAAGAGCGGGAAGCCGUUUGUGUGGGUCAUAAGGCCUCCUGUGGGUCACGAUUUAAAGGAAGAAUUUCGACUAUAAUGGCUGCCGGAGAGUUUCGAGGAGCGAAUGAGGGAGACGAAGCAGGGGCUGCUGAUACAUAACUGGGCGCCACAGCUCGACAUACUAGCACACACGGCGACGCGGGCGUUUGUGAGUCACUGCGGGUGGAACUCGGUGGUGGAGAGCUUAAGCAGGGGAGUGCCGAUCAUUGGGUGGCCGCUGGCGGCGGAGCAGUCGUAUAACUCGAAGAUGUUGGUGGUGGAGAUGGGAGUGAGUGUGGAGCUGACGAGGGGUUUUAAGAGUAAUGUGGUGGCCGAGGAGGUGAGGAGAGUGAUUGAGUUGGUGGUCAAUGAGAAUGGGAAGGGUGGUGAGAUGAGGAGGAAGGCUGGUGAGAUUAUGGAGAAGAUAAGAGGAUCUGCAGGGGAGGAUGGUGAAGCAAUGGGGUCUUCUGCUAAAGCCAUAGAUGAUGUGGUUUCUAAACUACCAUCACAAAGAGAAGGAUAG